AUGCAAAAUCGUGUGACUGAAAGUAAUAUUGAAGGAAGUGAAAGUGACGGUAGCGAUGGAGGAUUAGAGGACCACGGAACAGGUUGUUCUUCCAAGGUGAUGGAAGAAAACAUUAAUGAAGUUAUGGAAAAUAGUGACUGUGAAAUCCAAAAUACAGGGAAGUCCAAAAAACGCCAAAAGACAACAUUAAAAUCUCCACCAAGUUUUGGAGAAAAUUUAUUAAGUAUUUUGGAAAAUAGACAACGAGUGCCAGAUGAUCCUGAAAAAUCUUUUUUAAUGUCCCUCCUACCACAAAUUAAAACACUAACCGAAGAUCAAAAAACCCAACUUUACGUUGAAUUUCUGAAUGCCAUACAAAGAAUUAAACGUACAUCUUAUAUUCCUACAGCAGCGCAUGUACAAACGAUACCACAUAAUCAUUCUUAUUCAAACUAUUCCCGGGAUCUCCAUAACCCGUCUCCACAUUUUGAAUAUACUACUUCAACCACUACAUCGCCAGACAGUCAAAUUCACCAACCAAACAUGUUGUAUAAUUAUGCUUCUUCACCAACUACUCCACCUGACGGAUCUUAUGGACCACGUUCAUUUUAA